CGCUAAUAGGUUGAACGUUUGACCGAAAAGCAGCAGCAGCAGCAGCAGCACGGCUAUCAAUCAGAUCUCUGUUGAUGUUUGCCGGCGCACGUUUCGGUACUUUUUUGGUGGUUUUUUCUUUUCGGUGAAGCUCAAAAGAACGGGCACGUUUGGUUUGCAUUCACCAUGGAGGGUGUAGGACAAAUCCUCAACCCAAUCGUACACGCCGGAAACGCUAGUUUGCUGUCCCUGUUUCUGAAAAAUCUGGAUGAGCAUCAAACUUUUUGGGCAGAUCCUAAAAGUGACCUGGAAACUAUCUUUUCUAAAAUAAGUGCUCUGUUGGGCAAUGCUGCCACGCGAAAUCAUGCCCUCAGAACCCUGCACUUCAUGCUGCCGCACUGUCCGCUGGAAAUCGUCGAAGAGAAAGCGCAACACUACAUCAACGUUUGCGAAAAGGUGUGCAAUCUGCACAAAUCGCCGGAAUCGAUUACGCUGGUGUACGCGGUAUUGAAGCAGCUUUUGCUGCAUUCCAUCAAUUCGGCCGAACUUCGCAAGCUGCUCAGUAGCAACUUGUCCACCUUCAUCUUGCAUCCGCUCGAAACUGGCUUCGAGACGUCCUGCAUUCCCCACUUCCUGACCGUUCUGGAACUGGCGAUGCGCCAUUACACGGGCAUUUGUGGCGCGCUUAAAUCACGGAUUGAGCAAUUCCUCUGCGGUUUAGUGGAUGCGACCGAUUCGCAAACGGUGCUCGGUACGGCCACGUGCAUGCUGCUGCUGCAACAGAUCCGUGGCGGUGGACAACACGGUACUUUGCACAAGAAAACCUGGGAAGAGUACUACGGAAAGCUGGUGGAUACCAUUCACGAUCUGCUGAACAAAGUAUUUGCCCAUACGCCGGAAACAUUUGAUGAGCAGACGAAUCUGGAGUGUCUGAAGCUGCCAGCACUCCCGUCAACGGACGAUCCGCUACGUACAGCUCAGCUUGUGGUCGUUCGUGCUAACAACUUAAUUAUUUGGCUGGAGCAUGCCAUCGUCGGUGCUUAUGCUGUACCGAAACCGAUCGCACCGUUCAAGGCACUGAAUUUGGUGCUACGUGGCCUAUCGGUCACAUGUGGAGCGAUGAGCAAGAAUGUGAUUACGGAAAACGUUGCCUUUGGAACAUUUCUGCCCACGAUUCAGCGCUCAUUGCUUGGUGUCCUGGAUGGGUUGAUAAACACGCUUGGCUCACAUAUGCUUAUCUUUGCGGAAUUGAUUUGUGAUGCAUACGUAAAGUGUCUGAGGGCUACGCAAAACGUACGACAUGGGGCUACGGGCCAAAAAAAGAGCUUCACCCAACUACGAGCCAAGGUAUACGAAAGUAUUGCGGUGUGGUGUGAGAGAAUGAAUUAUGGCAGUAGCAUCGAGAAUGUAAACGAACAGAUCCUGGAGCAUGUUGUACGGGACAUCACACCCUUUGUCGGUGAGGUAACGCUCAAGAUGGAUGCCAACAGCCUGAAGCGAUUGUCUUCGAAAGCAAAGAAGAAGCUGCAAAAGGAAAGGAAUGCAGCGACGGCACUGAAUCAGGCGCAUUCCAAUGGAGCGGUCUAUGCGGAGAGAAAAGAGCAGCUGGUCGAUACAGGAAACGAGGAACUCUGUCAUGAAGCUUUGAAAUGCUUGACCAUCGUCUUGCAAUCUGCCGGAUGCUUCAUCAAACCCGUUACCCAUAAGCUGCUGCAGGAAAGAAUUGUUCCGUUGUGCUUUUCACUCGUUACUACCAAUCAAAGCACUCGCGGCUUGUACCGAGAUCCCAAUACACGCGUAGGAUUGUUACGCUGCUUUGCUGCACUGAUCACCAAUCCGCAUCACCGUUGCCCACCGCCGUUACAAUAUGCCAUGCACAUAUUUACCUCACUUCGGACAGCGGAUCCGAGCCUAGAAGUUCGUUCAGUUGCGGGCGAACUCGCACGUUCGGCGGAACUGAUCGUUCAUCCUUGGAAGGAAACGUUGUACUUCCCGGUGGAGCAGGCUAGCAUCAAGAAGGCAUUGACGCACAAGGAGCGACAACCUCUAGCGAAGGUUUUGCAGGAAACCGAAGCUCCAAUCACUACCGAAACCGAGAAAGUGGCCAAGCCUUCGCCAUCGAAACAAUCCCCUGGGCAAGUGAUUGAAGUAGAUGACGUGGUAGACGACAGUGAGGGAGAAAUAAACGAGUCGCUUGCUGUGACGGAAGAUUCGGACGACCACGGACAGGUGGAUGAGAUUGCCGAUGUUGAACCAGAAGGAUGGGUUGAAGAAGUUAGCAACGCAUCGAGCCACCAGAUCGAGAAGACGAAUGGAACCACUGUCGUGCUGAACGAAACGGGAUCUUACAAUGAUGGCAUUAUACGUGCUUCAACGCCGGAAGACAAACUCGCUGAACCUACAAUCGUGUCCAUAGAAGAUAGCGAUGAGGAGCAGAAACCAACCGCCAACAUUGCUGACGACGGCGACAAUGAUGAUGAUGAUGUGGUGGAAGUACCACUGGACAAAGAAUCGGGAACUGGUAGCGCUCAGUCUGGGGGCAAAAAGCAUUCGUUAACCCAUGAGACGAAUGGUACUCCUACUAAAAUGGCCAGACUUUCACAGGUUGAGAACGCUAGCGACAAAACUAAAAACGUUGACGAUAUCGUCGCAGAAAUGGUUGCCGAGUUUGUCGAUGAGCCGUAAUAUGUAGAAGAGCAUGGAAUUAAAUAAAUGAAUUUUGUAGCCAAAUAAGAGCUACCAAGCCAGA